GUAGGGUAGGGCGGGGCUAGUUGAUCCACGCACCAUGUUGUGGACUUCAAAAUGCGUAUCUACUUACAAGAGGACGACCGCACGUGGAGAGGCGACAAAAGAGUAGCUAUUUAAUGCAGCAAAAGCAGUUGAAGAUGAGGGAAAAAGUAUUAGAACCGCAGCAACUGAAUUUGGAAUUGAUCGAACGACACUGGGCCGAUAUAUAAAAAAAUUAAAGAGUGGAGAUGGACCAUACGAAGUAACAAUGGGAUAUGUUGCAUCUCGUCAAGUUUUUUCUUUAGAGCAAGAAGAAAUUCUUAAAGAUUACUGGCUCAGAUUGGCAUCUUUUUUUUAUGGACAAAUAUAAAUUUUCGCCAUCAAGAAUUUGGAACACAGACGAAACGGGCGUGUCUACAGUAACAAAACCUUCAAAAAUAGUAGCAGCUAAGGGAAAAAGAAACAUAGGUGCUGUUACUUCAGGAGAGCGUGGAACUAAUGUAACCCUAAUAACCGCCGUAUCAGCAAUAGGGAAUACAAUACCACCCAUGUUUGUCUUUCCCAGAAAAAAAUUUAAACCCUAUUUUAUUUCAAACGGUCCUGCAGAAUGCAUCGGUGCAGGAAAUGCAAGUGGUUGGGUGACUGAUUUAGAAUUUUAUGAUUUUAUGAAGCAUUUCGUUAAACACACAAGUCCUACUAAACAGUCUCCUGUUUUACUUUUACUGGACAAUCAUUCAUCACAUUUAUCAAUUGAGACCCGUAGAAUAUGCAAAGAACAACGAAGUGGUAAUGCUUUGAUUCCCAGCACACUGCACCCACAAACUUCAGCCACUGGACGUGUCAGUCUUCCGGCCUUUCAAGAAGAAUUUGGCUUCCGCCCAGGAUGCAUGGUUCGUAACAACCCCGGUCAGACAAUUAGCAUAUACGAAAUACCAAAAAUUGUUGCCACAGCUUUGCCAUUAGGAGCUACAAGUUCCAAUAUAAUAAAUGGAUUUUCAAAAACGGGUAUAUAUCCUUAUAAUCCUGAUAUAUUUUGUGAUACAGAUUUCGCGCCAUCAUAUAUGACUAAUCGUCCAGUUCCCGAAUCUAUAUCUCAGCCGCCGUCGACAGAAAAUAACAGCAUUUCUGCCAGCACUUCCCAAACCAUAGCUCCAGAAACACCUGAUGACAACGCCAUACCAUCUACAUCUACUGGAGUUUUUUCACCUGAAAGCUUGCGGCCUUUGUCUAAGGCAGGACCAAGAAAAACACAAAACCAGAGAAAGAAGAGAGCUUGCGCGAUUUUGACAGACACGCCAGAAAAAGAAGCACUUGCUGAAGAACAAAGCAAAAGGAAAAUGAAAAGUUCUGGUAAAGUAGACAAAAAGAAGAAAGAAGCUGCUAAAAAAGCUAUUUUAUAAGAUGUGUCUUACUCAGGUAAUACACUAUUGAAAACUAAAGAACGACGGUCCAAUAUUACUUCUUCACAUUCAGACGAUGGAAAGACUCUAGGAGUCGUUGCUCGAGAAAAAGAAAACAAGUUUUCCAAGAACAUAAAAUAGCAUAAAAUAAAUAAGAAAUCUUUUUCCCCAUUGCCAUCAUCUGAGUCUGAAGAUGAUGAAUGUUUAUGUCUGUUGUCCCUAGCAGCAUUUACAGAUAGUGUUCCGGGUGAAGAAUGGAUACAGUGUUCCAAUUGCAAAAAAUAGGCUCAUUUAAGGUGCACUCCGGGUACUAGUAUAUAUUAUAUGUGUAUAAAUGUGCGUAUGCUAGUUUAGUUUGUGUGGUUCAACUGGCCCCAUGUGUCGGUUCAAGUUGCCCCAUAUGUGGGGUAAGUUGAGUCAACUGUACCGGCAGCCAUAUUGCAGUCAUCUUUAUCUAAAUAAAACAAUAUUUCGUCAAAUUUAUUAAUUGCUUUUUAAAAACAAAUUUAUACAUCAAUAAUCCCUAGAAUGUUUAAUUAUUUAUAUUAAAUAAUAACAACAUGACCCUUCAUUUUUCCAAAUCCGGCUCAACUAGCCCCACCCUACCCUACAUAUGAUAUAAAACAUUAAACAAAAAUUUAGAAAACUUAAA